AUGCAGUCGGUACAUUUGAGCUUGAAUGGGAUAUUGCAAAACACAGGACUGCUCCGAAAUCGCACCACAAAUGGAAUCACUCGAAACUCGCGAUCGUCUGAGCUCGACAUGGCCGCCGUCAACAUUUCGAGAGUUUAUUGUUCGGUGAUGCGGCAAUUGGGCACAUUUUCGCCGGAAAUGAUAAAUAGCCUUGACAAGAGUUUGAAACAAUGUAUAAUAUCAAAAAAAUCAGCGAAACGCGCCAGUAUCAAUUUCAAUUAUUCAAAUGACACAGUCAUUCGAAUUAUUCCGUCAACGUCAACAUUUUACAUUCAAAAACGCGGGUUUCGCACCAAACGCCAAUCGCUGGGUAUUGGCAGCGGCCAGAAAUCGAGCAUCACACCGCGCGAAGAGGACAAAUCGCCAUUAACUUAUUUUGCCGAGCUAAUUGGUGUGAAAAAGAGCAAACCGGCUGAGGAGGGCGGUCUUGAAAAAUGGAACCAAUAUGAGGCGGAUUUGAAAAAGCUGCCGGACAAUCAACACAAAACGUAUACGGAUGGAUUCGUGAAAGGACUUCUGAGCAGCUCAUCGAGCCCCAAAGAGGUGAAAAAGUCGAACACUCUGACCCGUUUCUACAUUUUCCUCGCAUUUUGCAUUUUUCUUGGAUUCUUAUCAGGAAGAAUUCGUGUGCGUGUAGGCGAUCGACAACUCGGCUCGUUGUUCUUCACAACACCGCAAGAAGUGAAUCCAGAGGAUGUUCAAGUCACUUUUGAGGACGUUCGCGGGAUGGAUGAGGCAAAGCUGGAAGUCGAGGAAAUUGUCUCAUAUCUCAAAGAUCCGGAGAAAUAUUCAAGAUUGGGUGGAAGAUUGCCGAAAGGAGUUUUGCUUGUUGGGGCGCCAGGAACUGGAAAAACGUUGCUCGCGCGGGCGAUUGCCGGCGAAGCGCAGGUGCCAUUCUUCCACACUGCUGGAUCGGAGUUUGACGAAGUUCUGGUUGGACAAGGCGCGAGACGAAUUCGCGAUCUGUUCGACAAAGCCAAAGCGCGCGCACCGUGCAUCAUUUUCAUUGAUGAAAUCGAUUCGGUGGGUUCGAAACGCGUGUCGAAUUCGAUUCAUCCAUAUGCGAAUCAGACCAUAAAUCAAUUGUUGAGUGAAAUGGACGGUUUCACAAGAAACGAGGGAAUCAUUGUGAUCGCGGCGACGAAUCGUGUCGAGGAUCUCGACAAGGCUCUUUUGCGACCGGGACGCUUCGAUGUUCGAGUGACGGUGCCGAAACCCGAUUUAGCCGGCCGAAUUGAUAUUUUCAAUUUCUAUUUGUCGAAGAUUGUGCAUUCGCCGAGUGUUGAGCCGACCGUGUUGGCCAAGGGUACAACUGGCUUCACCGGAGCGGAUAUUGAGAAUAUGGUGAAUCAGGCGGCUCUGAAAGCGGCAACCGACAAUGCUGUUGAAGUAACGAUGAAUUAUUUGGACGAGGCGCGUGAUCGUGUGCUGAUGGGACCGGCGAGAAAUGGCGGACGAAUUCCGGAUGAGGAGGCGAAUAAGAACACGGCGUAUCAUGAAGCCGGACACACGUUGGUGUCACUGUAUACCAAAGACGCUACUCCACUUCAUAAGGUGACAAUUAUCCCUCGAGGAACGUCUCUUGGACAUACUGCGAUGCUGCCUGAUAAGGAUAGCUAUCAGUUGACAAAAGCGCAAAUGAUGGCGACAUUGGAUGUGAUGAUGGGCGGUCGAGUGGCCGAGGAAUUGAUUUUUGGCGAAGACCGAGUCACUACUGGAGCUGCUGACGAUUUGAGCAAAGCCUCGCAGCUCGCCGUCCAAAUGGUGAAAGUGUUCGGAAUGAGCGACAAGGUCGGAUUGCGCGACUUCACCGCGUCGGAGGACAAGGAGACAGCGCUGGUCAAGGUGUCCGAUUUGUCGCCGCAAACCGCCGAACUCAUCGACACCGAAAUCAAUCGGGUUUUGGCUGACAGCUACAAACGGGCAAAAGAGAUUCUUGUAGCGAAAAAGAAAGAGCACCAACUACUAGCUGAAGCUCUUCUGGAAUACGAGACACUGUCAGCGGAAGAGGUGAAAAGGGUGAUCAGUGGGAAGCCGAUUAAACGGCCAACACCAGCGGCAGUUAAGAAGAGCAACGAAGCGAAAAGGCAAAAGCCGCACUUUGUUCUUCAUUUGUUCGAGGAGGAAGGCCGAGGAAAACAAUAA